UUAAGGUGUGUGUGUGUGUGUGUUCACCUGUCUUGAGUGGGCGUGGUCUCUGUCGGGCGGCUCUGGGGCCAUUUUCUGCUCUCAGUGUUUGUGAUUCAGUGACGGGACUGGAAACACUCGCUCAAACUCUGAAAUCAUGAAAUCACGCUGAUGUUAAAAUCAACGGACUCACUCUGACCACAGCCAUGAAGAAAGGACCGCUGCACUUCCUGAGCCGGAAGAACCACUCUCUGUACGACACAAAUGUGGAUAUUAACAAGGAGAUGGGUAACCUAGAACUGAUGUUGGACUCUGCUGCCAUCCCAGAAUCUGGAACCGCCAAAGUUCGCUCGAGACCGACUGUCAAACACUUCACGGAAAUGCCACAAACUCACCCAAGUAUGGAAGUAUGAUGUCCAUCCCAGACGUAAUUGAGGGGGAAAUACUUAUACCUCCUCCACCCAGCUCUGCCCCUCCACCACCUCCAUCCUCUUCAGCUCAGCCUCCACCUUCAUUCAUCCCUCCCACACCACAUAUCUUUGGUGAAAUCGACCCUCCUGUAGACCGUGCAAGUCUGCAGCCGCCUCCGAUGGCUCCCCCAAAACCUCCAUCACAUACUAGUUCAGGGUAUGCUUCAGGUUUGGUCUUAUCCUCCAUCAAGCCGCCGUCAAUGGCUCCUCCAAAACCUCCAUCUGAAACCUCUAGCUUCAAAGGUUCCCUUUCCAGCUUGGAGGCUCAAAAUAUUCCAGACUGCCCUAAAUUCAACCCACCGCCACCUCCUGUGGUCAAAACACCACCUGUUCUUUCUAGAGGUCAGAAAGCGGCACCACCAAAACCUGUCCGAAUGUCUUCCAUACCUAGCCUGGACAUCCAAUCUCCAGCACCACCCGUCGCUUCUAAUCCAACUCCAUCCAGCUUCAACCCCCAGAACACAGCCAAACUGUACAACGUCCAGAAAAGCACAACAGUUGUUGGAGAAUCAGACAGGGAAAAGGGAGCACAGUCCAUUCUACUGCUGCAAGAUUCUGCAGGAAACACUGUUGGGGUUGUCAAUGGUAAUGGCGGGAAAAAUGCUGGAUCUCUCCAAUCAUUCCAGCCUGGGGUGCCUCCAUCCAAACCAGCCCGUCAGAACAGUUCUGCUACUCAGCUAAAGGAGGACCAGCUGGACACGGCACAAGCUCAGCCAGCAAGUCAGCCAGUCAAAAUUGAAGCUGAAAUCCAUCCUGAGCCCCCAAAAACCAUCCCAACUGAAGUUCCAAUGCCUGUUAAAGCUUCACCCAAAAUAGAGAAGAUCGUCACCGAAGUUCCAACACCCAUGAAUGCCUCACCCAAAAUCGAGAAGAAGAUCCCUGAAGUUAAGCAGGUGAUGGCGACAAUGGACUCUCCUGGCAGGUCUCGCAGGUACAGCCCAGUCCUGAACCACCGAAAGCUACGCAGCGGGGAUGGCUCAGCCAAGAAAGAGACAUCAACUUCUCCGUUUGCCUUGCUAAUGGCUGCAAAGGAAAGAGAAAAGCAGAAAACUGCUCUAUCCCAGCAGAACAGCAACUCUGACGACACAGUGAUCCAACCUAGUGUUGAAAAAACAAACUCCUUCCCUGUUAUUCCUAAAGACCUAACACCAGAUAGUCCUAGUGCACAAUUAAAAGCAAGCACAAACAUGCAGCCCCAGUCAACCAGAACAGAGGUCAGCAAAGUGUCUUACUCAAAGCCAGAGCUUAGUUUUAGUCCACAACUAAAUAGUUCUGUUCCCCAUGCUAGAGAUUUAGAAAGUGGAGAAGACUUGACCUUCAUACCUCCACCUCCUGAGUUUGCUAAUUCUGACACAGAGGACGAAUCUUCAGUUCUUUCAACUCACCCUGCUUCUGCUCCCCCAGUGAAAACUGCUCCUCCACCUACUAAAAGUUUCUUACCUUCUACACCCACUCCCAUCCCUAACCUCUCUCCACCAAAUCACCCCGCUCCUGCCGCUCCAUCCACAAAAACUUCAGUACCUGCUCCAAUCACCAGCUCCCCCAAUGCUCCUGCAAAAACUGCACCUCCGCCUUCUAAAACCUUUUUAUCUUCUACACCCGCUCCAAUCACCAACCUCUCCCCACCAAGCCAUCCCGCUCCUGUACCUCCAUCCACAAAAACCUCUGUACCUGCUCCGAUCACCAACUCCCCCAAUGCUCCUGCUACAGCUCUAAAAAUUCCUAGACCUGCUCAACUUGUUUUACCUUCUCCAAUCACCAGUGUUCCUCCACCCAGUUACCCUGCUCCUGCUCUGCCACCUUCCAAACCUUCCCAGCCAUUUACAUCUCCACCCAUAUCCAAUGGACCCCUAACAUCUCCCAAACCUAAACCGCCCAGUGCUCCUCCUAAGGCUCCAGGACCUCCUCCAAUCGUCCAGCCCCAAUCUAAAUCAUUUGUUCCAACUAAAUCAACACAAAAUCCCACCCAGGCACCUCCAUCUGUUGCUGCAAGCCAGGCGACACUUCUUAGUAUCCUCCAAAAGAAGAUGCUAGAGAUGGACCCCAAGAUCUCAGCCGCCAAGGAGGUGGAAAGCAAUGGAGAUGACUGGAACUCUCCUAUGUCCGAUGACGAGGCCACGUCACCCCCUGCUGGAUACAAUCCUAAAAAACCCAACAGUGCCAUCCUGCCAGCACAGUCCCGUGGACUGGACAUGAAAGAGCUGGAGAGUAAGGCAGCAAAGGCCCAGGAAAAGAAAUCCCAGAGCAGUUCUGGAGCAUCAGCCAAACAGCAGUAUGGAAUGACGUUCACCGUGAGGCCGGGAAGCAAACAGCCAAUAACACCCGUGAUCAAAGACAAUUGACCGUGAUCCAGAACUUUCUGAAGCGUGCCUUACCUGUACAUACGCACUUACCUGACAGAUAUUUAAUGUUUUGCACUCUUACUGCUGUUGCUGAAGUAUUACUCUAACUUUGACCCAGCUCCGUCACGGACUUCACAGAGCUGCUAUAAUCACGGUGCCUGUAAAUGCUACAUGGACAAUAGUUGGUGUGUAAUAUUAGCUUAUUUAACGUCAAAUCUUUUAAUUUAAAGGGGUCAAAUGAUGCUAUUUUAUAUUUUCCUGUUCUUGCAUAUAACCCAGAUAUAUUCUUUGUAUAGUUAAGACUCAUCCAAUCACAACACAUUGGGUAGUCAGCCAAUCAGAUUACUCAAGAAGCUGAUAUUCCAAAUAUGGUAAAGGGGCGUAACCUUUCCGUCACAUGCUUGAGCUAUUCGGCCAAUUACAACACUGAAUAGUUAGGCAAUCUGAUUGCAUUGGAAGCUGAUAUUCCAAAUAUGGUAAAGGGGCGUAACCUUCUAUCAUACACUUGAUGUAUUUGGUCAAUCACAACACUCUGAAUAGUCAGCCAAUCAGAUUGCUUUGGAAGCGAAUAUUCCAAAUAUGAUAAAGGGGUGUAACCUUUUCGUCACAUGCUUGAGCUGUUCGGCCAAUCACAACACUAAAUAGUAAGGCAAUACAAUUGAUUUGGAAGCUGAAAUUCCAAAUAUGGUAAAAGGGCGUAACCUUUCCAUCACACACUUGAUGUAUUUGGCCAAUCACAUUGCUUUGGAAGCGGGUAUUCCAAAAGGGGUGUAACCAAUUUGUCACAUGCUUGAGCUAUUCAGCCAAUCACAAUGCACUGAUUAGUUAGGCAAUCAAAUUGCUUUAUUGACAUUCCAAAUAUGGUAAAGGAGGCGUAAACUUUUGGUCAUGCAUUUGCGCAACUCAGCCAAUCAACAUGAUGGGUAGUCGGCCAAUCAGGUUACUCUCGAAGUUGAUAUUCCAAAUAUGGUAAAGGGGCGUGACCUUCCGUCAGACACUUUGUGUAUUUACAACCCACUGGAUAAUUAACCAAUCAGAUUGCUUUGGAACGUAAUAUUCAAAAUAUGGAAAAGGGGCAUAACCUUUCUGUCAGAAGCUUCAGCUAUUCGACCAAUCACAACACACUGGAUAGUCAGCCAAUCAGUUUGCUUUGAAAGCUGAUAUUCCAAAUAUGGUAAAGGGGUGUAACCUUUCCUUCAGCCAAUCACAACACUCUGCAUAGUUAACCAAUCAGAUUGCUUUGAAAGCUGAUAUUUCAAAAAUGGCCAAGGGGUGUAACCUUUGUCUCACGCUUGAUGUAUUCAGCCAAUCACAACACACUACAUAGUUGAUUAAUCAGAUUACUCUAGAAGCUGAUAUUUCAGAUAUGGUAAAGGGGCGUAACCUUUCUGUCAUACAGUUGCGCUAUUCAAGCGAUCAUUGGCCAAUCAGAUUGCCAAGGAAACUGAUAUUCCAAAUGUGGUAAAGGGGCGUAACCUUUCCAUCAUAUGCUUCAGCUAUUCAGCCAAUCAACAUACUGGGUAGUAAGCCAAUCGGAUUGCUUUGAAAGCUGACAUUCUCAAUAUGGUAAAGGGAAAACCUUCCAUCACAUACUUGAUGUAUUUGGCCAAUCACAACACACUGCAUAGUUGGCCAAUCAAGAUUGCUUUGGAUGCUGAUAUGCUAAAUAUGGUAAAGAGGCGUAACCUUUCCAUCACAAGCUUCAGCUAUUUGGCCAAUCACAACACAUUGUUGAGUUGGCCAAUCAGAUUGCUUUAGAAGUUGACAUUCCAAAUAUGGUAAAGGAGGAGUGAACAUUCCAUCACACACUUGAUGUAUUCGCCCAAUCACAACACACUGCAUAGUUGACCAAUCACAUUUCUUUGGGAACUGAUAUUCCAAAUAUGGGAAAUGUUAUUCACAUGCUUGAUCUAUUCAGCCAAUCACAGCACUGAAUAGUUAGGCAAUCCGACUGCUUUGGAAACUGAUAUUCUGAAUAUGGUAAAGGGGCGUACCCGUUCCAUCACAAGCUUCAGCUAUUCGGCCAAUCACAACACACUGCACAGCUGGCCAAUCAGAGCACGCAAUGUUAUUGAGAAGGAUGAGUUUGUAAACACUGGCGAGCACGAACACGCCGACUUACACUAAACAAUGCCAUUUCCCCUAACAUCAUGUGACCCCUUUAAUGAGUGAGCUGAACCGUGACGUCUGCAUGAGAUCACUGAUGAACAUAACGAACUCUCAGCUCUCACACCAGAGAUUCUUCCAGGUCACAACCAUGAUGCAUUUACACACUCUUCAAAUCAGCCCUAAAUAGUUGUAAACGCUGUUGAAUAUGACGUCUCCGCUGCUUCUCUUGGUUAUGUGUGUAGAUCUGAAAUGUCUAUCUAUAAUCCCGCUGUGCCUGAUAUAUAAGCUAACAGCACACAUCUGUAUAUACUGCUGUGACAUCACUAUAGGUCAAUCACUGGGCUGUGCUCAUCAUCUGUACGCCUCUGCACUGAACACUCAGUGUGUGUGUGUGUGUGUAACUGCGCAAUAAAGACAUGCGAGA